CAGUGUGGAAGGGGAAAGUGUCUGCGGAAGAGUGUGUGACAGAGAGAAUGUAAGAAGAUGAGAGUUGACAUUUGAGUAGAGCGGAUGGUGUCUUUGACUCGUGUGGCCACAUGGAUUCACACUAUGAGCGUUGUACAGCAAUAGAUAUAACCCGAACGGCGAACAUAUCUGCAUAAUUGAUCCAAGAAGAUUCUGAGUCGGGACCGGGCCAUUUCGGCUGAAGGGUUGGACCAUGUAGUCGGUAUUUCCCAGAGAGCCUCCACUGACUCAACUGCUGGAUAAAGAUUCUGGACUUACUAAAUGAUCUAGAAGUCAUCCUAUUAGAGAGAAUAACCCACUUUAUCCUAACAUAACUACAACCCAACUUUCCUGUUUGCACAGUACUGAGUCUGGAUAUUUGCGAUUGAUAAGUCACUGUGAUCUCUCAGCAGAAAGGUGAGUGUGCCUGCCUGGCCAGCUUGAGAAAAGAGAUUUCCCUUGUGUCUUUCAUACGUUAUGUCUCAUUCAUCAACACAGAAAUAGAGUAUCAGAAAGUCCCCACCAAGUCUGUAAACACUGCAAAAAGAGGGGAGUGCAGAGGUGGCAACAGAAUAAUGUACCCAGAGCCCACCCACCCACAUGGGGUAACAAUAGCCCCUUAAAACACCUGAGCAUCGGAAUAUCCUGCCGCAUGUUAAUGAAAGACGCUGGAAGUUUCAAGGCGCUGGAAUGAGAAAGACUCCAGGCUGGAUUUGAACCCUGGAUCUCACAAUCACAUCUUUUGCAGCAGGGACUUUUUGUGGGACUGGCUUGGACUUGAGCUAAACCUUUGAACUGUUUGGACAUUAAACUCCACAUCAUCCUCUAUUUUGCUACUACUACAGUAGACCAUCCUAGUCCAUCUUUACCACUUGAAGACUGCAGAAUCUUUAUUUCUUCUCCUACACUCAGCCAGUUAUGGAUUCACAGGGUGGUCCAUACCUCAACAAGAGGGCCCUCUGCUCACCUCUGGGUGCUGCCCGCCUCUGUCAGUUGGCCAUGGGCUGUGCUGUGAUUGCCAUGGUAGCCCACAGUGCCGGCUACAGCGGUUCACAGGGCGUGUUCUGUAUGGCGGCGUGGUGCUUCUGCUUCGCCAUGACAGUUGUGGUGUUUUUUCUGGACGCCACUCGCCUCUACAGCUGCCUGCCCAUAUCCUGGGACAACCUUACCGUCACGUGUGCUGCCUUCGCGACGCUCAUGUAUGUGACAGCCUCUGUGGUUUACCCGCUCUUCUUUGUCCGAUCUGAGUGCCCCUACGCCGGCUGUGAUGUCAGAAAUUUCCGUAUCGCUGUGACCGUCUGCUCCAUCCUGGGUGCUCUGGCCUAUGGGGCUGAAGUGGCCUUGUGCCGAGCCAGGCCAGGCCAGGCUGUGGUGGGCUACAUGGCCACCGUCUCUGGCCUCCUCAAAGUCGUUCAGGGUUUUGUGGCCUGCAUCAUCUUUGGAGCUCUGGCCAACGGGAGCGAGUAUUCCCGCUAUGCCGCCACAAUCUUCUGUGUUGUCGUCUAUGCUUUCUGCUUUGCUCUGACUGCACUGGUAGUCGUCAUGACAGUGUGUGGGCGGACCAAGGCUGUGCGCUGCUUGCCCUUUGACCGCUUCGUGGUGGUGUGCACUCUUCUGGAAGUUCUGCUCUACCUGAGUGCAUCAGUGGUGUGGCCAGUGUUCUGCUUUGACACAAAAUAUGGCUCUCCAUGGAGACCGUCGUCAUGCCCUCAGGGGAGGUGUCCGUGGGACAGCAAGGUUGUGGUGGCGGUAUUCUCCUUUGUCAACUUCGGACUGUAUGUGGCGGACCUCAUCUACUCCCAGAGGAUACGAUUCGUCUCCUCCCAUGUGCACACUAACUCACGAAUGUAGCACCAUAUCACCAUUUUACUAUUAUAUUGGCUUAACAGGUUUAAGUUAUUAAUCUGCUUCAUUUGUUUUAUUUAGUUUAUGUAUUGUUUUAAAUAUUUAAAGACACAGAAAAUAUUGAGGGGAAGAGUGAUCCCAGGCCCAGGACAUCCCUGGUGUUGCACAUGGUCUAACACUGAGGUGUCCAGACACCCCAGUUUCAAUGUGAAAGCAGUGUGGAAUGUGAACAAGGAAUUUUUCCUCUACGUCCCCUCUGCCACACCCCUCUGAGGUGACACCCCAUCUCUUUAACUCAACCUUAUUGCCCUCUGAGAGAUUUCGGGAGAACAGCCAGCCUCACCCAAGCAGCCAGGGCUUAGCCUACUGGUUAUGUCCUGCCAAAUCCUCAUAAACCAAGACACUCCCGCUGUUCUUGACCUGCGACACACACACACACACACACACACACACACACACACACACACACACACACACACACACACACACACACACACACACAAACCCCUUAUAGUUAUGCUCAAAUAAUACAUAAAGUCGUGAAUAUAAAUAGUAAAUCUGGCAUGCCAUCUCUGGCAUCCCUGUCAUCUGCAAACCCCUCACCAGCGAUCUACGGACAUCAGCCAGGCUGCCAAAAAUAAACGUGAGCUGUCUGCACUCAUAUUGAAGCAGUGAGACAGCAUUUAUAAGAGGCUGGUGUCUUUAAACACUGAGAUGACAUUGUUUGACUGUGAUGUUUAAAAACACACAAUAUUCAGUCAAGUGCAUAAUCUGAACAUGGUCAGUGUGACCGAGGAAUCUUUGCACAUAAUCGCAAAAGAAGGAACAUGUGACCUUAUAUGUCCUUAAACAACAGGUCACAACAUUUCCUUUUAUUACAUUUACACUGGCAGUUGCAAAUUAUUUGUGUGGUUAGAGGUUUUUGUACAGUGUAACACUACUGGUGCAUAGUGUGACAUAGACAUAAAAGUAACUGAUAUUUUUAUAUUCACAAUGGAUCAAAGUACUAUGUGUAUUUGAAAGGUUUAGCUCAUAGUGACAAACCCACAGAGCUCAGCUUUACAGAGAGUUUUAGCAUCGUUCAGCUCAUUGUUUGAGUUAUAUAGAAUGCAACUUUACGGUUUUUGUUCACUCUCAGACUCUCAUUGUUUUCAGUCCAUACGUUGGGCAGCUGUUUUAAGUAAUAAAGCUCUAAAAACCUAUUAUAGCCUACCUGUCCAGCACUAAACAGCAGAAAGACACAGUUUGCGAGUAGCUGGAGCCUUUAUUAACUAAAGAGACAGCAGAUAUCUCCCUGAGGAGUUGGUAGAGACCGAAAACUAAAACGAGUGAAUAUUGGACUUACAUUCAUCAGGUGGCUCCAAAUGAAUGCUAAUGUUGCUCCAAGUCUGCAGGAUGUGUAAAAAUUUGCUAAGAUGUUCGCCAUAUCAACAUUAUAAGAUGAUAUUAUGUCAAUGUUGUGUUUACAGCUUGUUGGCUGCCCCCAACUGGCCACAUCAAUUAAUGCAUGUUAGAUAUAACAGUACAAACAUAAAAUAAUUUACAUGAUAAAAUAAAGACAAACAUAUCCCGUA